GUCGUGCACUCAAAUACUCUCAUGAAAUCUUCGUAUUUGGCGAUCAUUAUGGUAACCCUUGUUCUCUGUCUAUUCUUAUAAUACAACGAGAUCGACAAGAACGCUCUCGUAUUUAUAAACUUGGUAAAGACAAAUAUCCGGUACAUAUAUAUAUCAGGGAAAUUAGACACGCAUUUCUUUCCGGUUAAACCUUUCGAAUUUGUAGAGGUUAAUAAAAGUGUGCGUUCCGCACGAGUGAGAUUGAACGCAAUUAGGUCACUGCGACGGUAGAUAAUAAGUUGUAAUACAAGUCCGCGACGCCUUGCGUCUUUUAAUUCAUUCGUCAUCGACAUAGGAUCAAUCUUGUGGCAUCACUUCUGGGAAUUACAGUUCACAAUGUACAUACAUGUCCCAUCGAAGUAUAAUAUGAUAAACUCAUGCAUUAUGGGAACGUUACGUAUACAACAGAUCGAUAAAAGUGGAUAGGUUUAAUUUACAUAAAAAAAUUAAUUCUUAAAUAAGAGAGGGAAAAACACCUGUUUUGAUACGUCGUGGAUGACACUAAGCAUCCAGACAUCCUUGCAUCAGCGACGAAAAUGUUUACGAAAAAAUUUCUGGCAACAGUACAAAUACAAAUCAUCGCCCAUCGAAUACCAGACGUAACAGUGCAUCAUUGGCGUCAUUGCAUCCUAGGGACAUAUGGUAGUCACUAGUGAAUCCACGGGGGAUUCCCAAUCGAUCCAAUGCAUCCCUAGACUCUCCCAAAGGGUUGCGUUUAAACAGCAUAGAGAGAAAAAUGGAGAGACUAUCCAAGUACGUAGAAAAGAUAAUAGACCCGGCAUCCGCUCGAGAGCGCUGCAAUCGCAAUUUAAGCCUUACGAAAUUAUCUUUGACCACCUGACAAAAUAUGAUGCGUCGCAGCCACCCUGUUGGAUGCGGCGAGAAGAGGUACCAAGGCUUGUAGAAUCUUCAAAGAAGGAAAUAUCAGAAGUACCUACUUUUACAAAGUUCAUCAAUACCAUAAAACGUCUAAACUAGGAUGUAUACAUGGCGGAAAUACUCGAGAUCACGUGAGCACUAGGUUUCACGAUGAGAUCGAUAAAAUGGCUGACUGAAGGUCACCUUGAGACAUUCGUACGACCCGUAACGACGACUUUUUACCCUUCAACCCCAAGUUUUUCUUAAGGAAUGUCAGGAGCCAUAAACGGCCGUACUGUUAUCGGAAAUGAAGAAAUUUGCCAUGCGGUUUUAGUGGUAACGUCAUUUCGCUGAAGGCGCUGGGUUUAAGGGGAAUUCGGUGGUCACGAGACAUUUUUUGGCUCACGGCCCAUUGGCUAUUCCGGUACCAACGACUUCAUAUUAUAAUGCGUAUACCAACGGGACAACCUUAUUCUGCGCGGGAGCUUGAGUAUCGGCAGGACAUCUUUUAGUCUCUCACGACCAGUGUCUCCAUAGGGAUGCGACACAAGCUGACCAACUUAUUUACCGCGUGUCCACAGCGCUCGACUGCCGCAGGACAUGAUCCGCAGACGGGUAAUGGAAGUCAGCCGCAGCUUCUUCAACAGGGAAACGGAGGAACGUGGUUGGCAGAAAGAGGAGAUACGGGGGCAACAGUCGUCAGGAACAGAGGGUGGGAAGCCAGAACGCAACUACGGGAAGAAGGCCUUCCUGGAGGUCUGGGGGAUGACGAAGACGGGGGUGGAGGGAUCGGAGGGUUGGAGGGGACGGACCCAGAGGAGAACAACCCUGUUCACCUCAAGAGACGGGUGGGACUCGUCAGUGGGGUGGCUCUAAUCGUCGGUACAAUGAUCGGAUCGGGUAUCUUCGUCUCGCCGUCAGGACUCCUAGUGAGAACGGGCAGCAUAGGUGUCAGCUUCCUGGUAUGGACGGCAUGCGGAAUUUUGAGCCUCUGCGGCGCGCUGGCUUACGCCGAACUAGGUACCAUGAAUACCAGUAGCGGUGCUGAGUACGCCUACUUCAUGGAUGCCUUUGGCGCCCCACCGGCAUUCCUCUUCUCCUGGGUCUCGACCCUGGUACUGAAGCCCUCGCAGAUGGCAAUAAUCUGUCUCUCAUUUGCUCAGUACGCCGUCGAGGCUUUCAUGGCGGACUGCGAUCCACCGCAGGAGGUUGUCAAGCUGGUUGCUCUCCUUGCUAUAGUGCUGAUACUCCUGGUGAAUUGUUACAGCGUCAACCUGGCAACUGGCGUCCAGAAUGCUUUCACUGCGGCUAAACUGAUUGCAAUACUUGUCGUAAUUGCUGGUGGUUCGUACAAAUUGAUACAGGGAAACACACAGCAUCUUCAGGAUGCUUUUAAAACUAUUGAUGGUAGCGAUAACACUGUCAAUAUUGGCAGACUCGCUACCGCAUUUUACACUGGCCUCUGGGCUUACGAUGGAUGGAACAAUCUGAAUUAUGUCACUGAGGAGAUCAAGGAUCCAUCCAAGAAUUUACCACGCUCCAUCAUGAUUGGGAUACCACUUGUUACUCUCUGCUACGCUCUCAUCAACGUUUCGUACUUGGCCGUUAUGUCCCCAUCUGAAAUGAUAGAAAGUGAGGCUGUUGCAGUGACAUUUGGAAAUCGUAUACUGGGCGUUAUGGCGUGGCUGAUGCCCUUGUCGGUGGCCGUUAGCACUUUCGGUUCGGCGAAUGGAACUCUGUUUGCUGCAGGUCGCCUCUGUUUUGCUGCUUCCAGAGAAGGUCACCUUCUGGAUUGUCUAAGUUACGUGCAUGUAAGGCGGUUCACGCCGGCACCGGGACUGAUCUUCCAUUCUCUUGUAGCAGGUACAAUGGUCGUCUCUGGCAGCAUUGACUCGCUAAUAGAUUUCUUCUCUUUUACCGCUUGGAUCUUUUAUGGCGGCGCCAUGCUCGCCCUUCUGGUUAUGCGAAGGACUAGACCCAAUCAUCCUCGACCCUAUAAAUGUCCGUUGGUGAUACCCGUACUGGUGCUCGGUAUCUCUGCGUACCUGAUAGUGGCUCCAAUCAUUGACAAGCCUCAAAUCGAGUACUUGUAUGCUGCGGGAUUUAUUUCAGCGGGCAUGCUUUUCUACCUCCCAUUUGUAAAGUACGGAUAUGUACCGAAAUUCAUGGAAGGAGUAAAUGCGUUUCUCCAAAUGCUACUUGAGGUGGCACCAACCGCCGCCGCCUAUGACUGAAUUUGUCAACCGAUCAACGACGGCUCGCUCGACGCCGAAUCAUUCCAUUGUGGCGUCGGGGACCGUGCAACCUUACUUAUUUUAUAAUUACGUUGACACGAGUAUACCGAUGUACGGACCUGUUGACGCUCAAGGCUGGCCCAAAACGGAUCGAAUAUACAAAAAUAUUAUUUUAUUACUCGUUAUUCUUCGUAUAGUAUACAAUAUACAGAGAAUGUUAUUGUUAGCAAUAGCUGAUUAAUGUUGUAAUGACAUGAAAAAGCAAUGAAAUAACUUAAAUAAUU